AUGACCCACUCUUUAGUUUGUCCAGAGACCGUGAGCAGGGUGAGCUCUGUGCUGAAUCGCAACACCCGGCAGUUUGGGAAGAAGCAUCUGUUCGACCAGGACGAGGAGACCUGCUGGAACUCGGACCAGGGCCCCUGCCAGUGGGUGAUGCUCGAGUUCCCCCAGUGUGUCCGAAUCUCCCAGCUACAGAUCCAGUUCCAGGGGGGCUUCUCAAGUCGCCGUGGCUGCCUAGAAGGCUCAAAGGGGAGCCAGGCACUUUGCAGGAUUGUGGAUUUCUACCCUGAGGACAACAACUCACUUCAGACCUUCCCUGUGCCAGCCUUUGAGGUGGACCGGCUGAAGGUGACCUUCGAGGACAUGAAUGACUUUUUUGGCCGAGUGGUUAUCUACCACAUGCGGGUCUUGGGGGAGAAGGUAUGA